AUGUCCUGUAUGAGUGGGGAUUUCCAUGCUGAAUGCAGAAUAACUGUAUUUUUUCUCUCUUUCUCUUCUUUUACAGCUUCUGCAAUCCCAGAUAAUGGAAGGAGGUCCUGUCUAAAGCUUAAAGUCUUUGUGCGGCCGGCAAACAGCUGUAUGAAAACUAUAGGUGUUCAUGAUCGUGUUUUCGAUGUUAACGACAAAGUAGAAAAUUCAUUAGAACCAGCAGAUGAUACCGUACAUGAGUCAGCCGAGCCAUCCCGCGGUGAGAAUGCAGCACAGACACCGAGGAUAUCCAGCCGGCUUUUGGCAAUCCUACUGUUCCUCCUGGCGAUGCUUUUGACAUUAUAGCACAGUAUAUUCCAGUAACCUGUCACAGAAAACAUCAGGAUCUUGGAACAUCAAAGAUCCACCUAACUGCUCCUCCCAAAAAGGGACUUUAUAUUGGUUUUGCAGAUGUUAAUUUUUGGGGGGGCGGGGGGGUUGUUUGUUUGUUGGUUUGUUUUUCUUUCAGCCUGAACUAUGAGCAAGAAUUUGAGGGGAAUAACUAGUUUCAGUUCCCAACCUUCCCCAUGACUUUCCUUGACCCCUCCAAAAAUCAAAGGACUCAAAGUGAAAAUGCCAAAUUAUAACAGUGAUACUAGUGAUUCUUAUUUUCCUCUUCAUUCUCCUUUAAGAAGUCACCUCCACUAGCUCUCUGUGUCAUCUGUAUAUGGAUACGGAAGAAUAGUGGCAGAUGCAGUCAGUGAAGGAUAAGGAACCUGAGUGGAAGUCCAGGAGGGUUUUACUCUCCAAUACAAUAUUUAUGCCUUCUCGUUCAGUACUGUAAGAUGAUCAUGCAAGGCAUCAUGUCACCAUGUCAGGACUUGAGGGGAAAUAUUAAGAACAGAUAUAACACUAUUUUCUCUAGGAGUUUCUAAAUGAACAGGCUUCUAAAAGGAAGAGACACUGUUUCUUAUAAGACUGUCUUGUAACAUCAUUGACAGUAAAAACCUGUGCUCCAUAAUAGAAGCUCUGUCUUUAGAAAAAAAAUAUUAAUAUUUAGGAAUUUAGCACACAGCAAGCAAGGUCAGAUUUAGGAAACUUAGCUGGGGGUGCGAGUGCUUCUGUUAUUUCCAUUUAAGUGGGUAGUGCACACCAGAUUAUUUUCUUUCAAAACAGAUCACCAUGGUGCUACAAUUUUUUUUUCUUGAAAUGCAAAGAAGCAUUUUUUUGUGACUAAAGUGACCUUCCCCAGGGCUGACUUAGUAGCUGGUAGCCUUGUAUGCAGCUCUGGGUGACAAUAUGUUCUAAGGAGAGGACUUCAAUGGCCAGAGGAAACAUGUUUUGGACACGGGAUAUCCAAUGUGUUCUUGAUUUGUCUCCCCGGCAAGUUCUACCAUCAUGGGAAUAAAAAAAGCCAGAAGAAGCCAGGACAGCCAAUCAGCAUUGUUUGGUGGGGGUAAGUGGGGAUAAGAAAAGUGUUUGAAAGUAAGGAAUACAAAUUGAAGUGUUGAUUUUAUAUCUUUUCCCGUUCCAACACAGUUUGAACAGUAGAGGAAACAUGUUUAUCAGCAGGAGAUAAACCAGAUGGGCUCCCAAAGACUUUAACAAAAUAUUUUUUUAAAAAUCCACUAGAAUAGAAAAUACAUUAUUUAGAUAUACUUUAUGCUGAGAGUGAGUAUAUAUGCUUGUCUUAUUUAAACAUGAGAAAAGUGGUAACCCUUGAUGCAAUUAGGAAUAUGGGAACUGUUUUGUUUGAUGGAAUUGGGGGGUGACCCUGUUUAAGGAAUCUGAGCAUGGCCAAGAAAUGACUUGAGAAGUCAUUGACCAGGAAAUGCAAGCCUUGGGGUUUCUAUUGGCGAGGCUGCCAUGAUCUUUGAAAUCUGAAAUAUAGUCAGGGAAAUGUGUCAAGCCAAUAUCAAAACAAAGCCUUUCAAACAAAAACUGAUGAUUAUGAUUAUGUUGAAUGUGAAAAAAAUGGAACCCAUUCCAACAAAAAAAAAAAAA